AUCUCGGGACGAAUUGCUGCCAUUGAAGCGAGAUUUCGACCGGUCUCUGUGUCGCACCGAUAUGCAUACGUGAGCACGUGCAUAUAACACGCAGUACGCACGCAUACAAGAAUGCAACCGAAUAGUGGUAGUCAUAAGUGUGUGGUACCUAUCGCAUACGUGUAGCCCGUUCUCGGUAUAUACACAUCGGCGCCACCCGUCGGAACGCGACGAGAGAACCUUUUUUCGCGGCGUUUUUCGUUGCUCUCAAGACGCGCAGUAUCACUCGCGACUUGCCCUUGAUAGCAGAUUGUCUGUUCGUGUGAAAGAAUUCUGUGAGAGAGAGAGAGAGAGAGAGAGAGAGAGAGAGAGAGAGAGAGAGAGAGAGAGAGAAGCGUGUGCACGUAAUCACAUAUAAUUUAAAUCAUAACCGACAGUUCUGCGGCAAUGGCGAAGUUGAGUCUGGCACCGAAGACCAUCAAGUACUUGAUGUUCAUUUUCAACCUGUUCUUUGUGAUUACAGGAAUAGUGUUGCUAUUCAUCGGAGCGGUCAUCCAUGGAGUAUAUCAUCAGUAUCAACAUUUUCUUGAUAACAGGUUCUUCUCCGUACCUUCUCUUCUCGUAGCAGUGGGCUCCAUCAUUUUUAUCAUCGCUUUUUUCGGAUGCUGUGGAGCUGUUCGCGAAAGUUAUUGCAUGAUUAUAACGUUCUGCACGCUUCUGGCUGCAAUUUUCUUGCUGGAGAUUAUAGGCGGCAUAAUGGGAUAUGUGAUGAGAGCACAGGUUGCGUCGAUUGCUCAGCAAAAGAUGCUCGACACGAUGCCCCGAUACAACAAUAGCUACGAGAUCCAAUUCGUCUGGGAUAAUCUACAACGAGACUUCCAUUGUUGUGGCACAAUCAAUGCCACCGAUUGGACGAAUACAGCGAAAUUGUCAGGUAUUCCGAUGUCGUGCUGUGAUGAUACGAUAGGUGCUAUCGGCAUGUCGAACUGCACCCUAUCAUCGGAGAAUUUGCAUGAGGUUGGCUGCAUAGAUGCCUUCGCGAAAUUUGCAGAAACACACGCAGCUAAGAUAGCAGGUGUUGGAAUAGGCCUUGGUAUAAUUCAGCUGAUAGGAAUCCUCUUGUCGUCCUACUUGGCUAAAUCGAUCAAGAAUUGUUACCAGACUAUGUAGAGUGCCAUGCGAACAUCAAACGCACUGGAAGCAGCCUUCAUAUGGAUGAUAACCGAGCAGAAUUAGGAUGCGAAACUGUGUGCAUUUGAUAAUUGAUUUGAUAUAUUGUACGAGAAUACAUUAUUUUUCCUUGCAUAGAAGGAUGGUAAAUUAUUUUUGCUACAUGCGAUAUUUCGCAUCGCGUUAUAAAGAAGCGUAUGUAUUUUUAAUAAAAUCUUUAUAUCGCUAAAUGUUUUU